GGUAGGGGGGGUGACACACCGGCCCCGCGGCGGAAUGCUGCUCCCGACGCUGGUGACGUGCCUCGCCGGUUGCGCCUUUCUCCUGCUACCGGUCAGUGAGGGCUGCGGACCCGGUAAAGGCCACGGCAGGAGGCGGGGUUCGCGGAAACUGGCUCCGCUUGCCUACAAGCAGUUCAGCCCGAACGUGGCCGAGAAAACUUUGGGGGCCAGCGGAAAGUACGAAGGGAAAAUAACGCGCAGCUCCGAGCGCUUCAAGGAGCUCAUCCCCAACUACAAUCCCGACAUCAUCUUCAAGGAUGAGGAGAACACAGGUGCAGACCGCAUGAUGACGCAGCGCUGCAAAGACAAGCUGAACUCUCUGGCCAUCUCCGUGUUGAACCACUGGCCCGGGGUGCGGCUGCGGGUCACCGAGGGCUGGGACGAGGACGGCCACCACUCGGAGGAGUCGCUGCACUACGAGGGCCGGGCUGUGGACAUCACCACCUCAGACCGGGACAGAAACAAAUACGCCAUGCUGGCGCGGCUGGCAGUGGAGGCGGGGUUCGACUGGGUCUACUAUGAGUCCAAGGCUCACAUCCACUGCAGCGUCAAGUCAGAUCACUCAGUGGCGGCGAAGACCGGAGGCUGUUUCCACGGCGAUGCCUCGGUGACGUUGGAGAGCGGUGCUCAGAAGCCCGUCAGGGACCUGCGACCUGGCGAGCGGGUUCUGGCCUCAUCAGGCAGGGAGAUGGUCUUCAGUGAGGUUCUGACCUUCCUGGAUCGGGACCCAAACACUCACAGACUCUUCUACACCCUGCAGACCCAGACAGGGACUCAGAUCUCGCUCACUGCCGCCCACCUGGUCUUUGUGUCAGAAGGGAACUGCUCAAAGGGGGCGGAGCCUGGUCACAACGCCCUCCGGACAGCGUAUGCCAGCGACAUCCAGCCAGGACAGUGUGUUCUGGUGUCAGAUGGUAAAACGAGCCAUCUGUCCCAGAUCAGCAGGGUCAGCAUGAGGGUGAGGAGGGGGGCAUUCGCCCCACUGACCCAGGAGGGGACGAUCGUAGUAGAUGGGGUGGUGAUGUCCUGCUACGCCGUCCUGGACCAGCACCAACUGGCUCACUGGGCCUUCGCCCCCCUCAGGCUGUUGUACAGCUGGACCGGGACCAGGAGCACUGAGGGCCACGGUGGUGGGUUGCACUGGUACUCCCAGGUGUUGCACUGGCUGGGCAGGAUGCUUCUGGACCCAGGACGCCUCCACCCUCUGGGCGUGGCUCAGCACCACACGUGAGGGCAGAACGGGUCCAAACAUGACCCGUCUACACCCGCAGAGCUGCAUGAGACUGAGAGGAACUCCAGAUGGAGACAGAUCAGUUCCUUCAGAGGAACUAAAAUCCUCUAGAAACCUCAGAGACGCAAAGACAUAAACACCAAGAAAGAAAACGCUUUAAUUGCAACCUGAAACCGAUGGUUUGGUUCCUUUUUUCAUACCCGGAAUCCUCUUUUGGUUCGAGUAUUUAAUAUAUUUAUUUCACAUGCAAGGAUUGUAACUUAAGGGUUUUAGUUUUAUCUGCAGUUUUAGAUCCAUUAAAGCACUUUCAUGUUUACACUAGCUGAAGACUUUGUUCCCCAUCUGGUUAAGAGCAAUUGAAGUGUGCAGCUAUCGUGUUUUUAUAACAGAAUUAAACACGGGAAAUAUUUGAUAACAAACAUAAAAUAACAGUUAACUUGGUUAUAAUUAGUCACAGGGACUUUAGAGCCCAGGAGACUGAACGAAACAUGAUAAUGCAUCACUUAUGUGUCUUUUUAAUGUAGAUUACUGAUGAUUACCUUUAGUAAUUUACACAUAAACAAAUAGCUUUACACAAACAAGAAAAUGUUAUGAAUUCAUUGUUCUUUUAUUUAUAAUGGUGAGUUUAUUUAACCCACAAUUAUGAGUAUUAUCUGUCAGGAUGUUCAACAGGACAUAAGCUGUCAAUUAUUCUGUCUGAAUAUAAAGAAAAUAGUUUAUAUAUUUAAGUUUGUUUGCUCACAUGUGAUUCCAAAGGUUUAUUAUGAAUAUUAUUGUUGUUGUUAGUGAAGAGACAGAAAAGAGUUUUAUUUUUGAAAAUAAAUGAUGUGUAAAUGAA